AUGAAUCACGUCGAGCUGAACCCCGACGAUGCUUGCAUGAUCAAGUUGACCUCCGGGCAUGCAGUAGAUGCAAGAUACAUCGAGUGUCUGAUUCAAGAUGUUAUACCGGCAGUAGAGCACGCGGUGGUGUUUGGACACAACAGCCCGUUCAUGGUUGUUGUCUUCACGCUCAAGCUCGACCCCGAGCUGGGAGGGAGACUCUUGGGAGAGGACGCAAUGCACAUGAGCGAACAGUUCGGCAGCAAGGCAAACACGGUCUUCACUGCGAGGAACUGUCCGCAAUUCUGCAAUGGGAUGCGGGAUGUUUUCAGGAUGAUCAACGUGGCUCUGAAGCAGCACUGUGAUGAUGAGAACUUCAAGAUCAGGAGAGCCUGUCUGCUGCUGAGCAAGCUGAACCAGGAGGAUGGGAUGAUCAAGAGCGACGGGAGCUACAACAGGCAGCAGAUCCUUAGGAAGCACUCCCAUCUCAUCAACAGCAUGCUCGAUGUACAGGCUGCGAGGAACGUGAUUGAUGUGACACCUUGCGAUGACGACGAGACAUGCGAUCAUGGGCUGAAGUUGCGAUCUUAUGAAGAUUGGUUGAAGUUCGAACAAGCAGCUUCGAUGAUUGUCAUCGACAAGAAGGGACAUUUCACUCAGUUUGGAAAAAUUCUGCGGAGGGGGAAGGAUGAAUUUGAAAGAACUGAAGACGAGAUCGACGACAAAGAAAUAUGUUCACCUGCAAAUGAAGUGAGACACUUGAGGUUCUCGGACGAGAUUCGGCAAGAGACAAUCUCAUCAGCAACUGACAGCCAUGUGGGGGGCAAGACGAAGGAAGAGAAGGAUGCGCUUCAAGACAAACAAGGGGAACAAGAGGCAGGGCGGACAGAGGAAGGAGGAGACGAGGAGAAAGCUGCGGUACAGCUCACAGGAGAACACAUCGGAGCAGCAGCUCCAGCUCCAGCUCCAGCUCCAGCUCCAGCAGCAAGCAAAGCAGAGGCAACAGGAGCAGCGGCAGCAAGAGCAGGAGCCGAGCUGUCACCUACGACCGUUGCUUUCUGGCGUCAUGUACAACUGCAGAGCUGCGCCGAAGACGACAAGACGGCAAGAGUCUUGAUUGAGAACGAGAUGGUAUGA